AUUUCACAAUGAUCCCGCCCAUACAGUGCUGAGGCUGGAGCUGCUGCUCCACACUAGAUGAGCAGUAGAGCUCCCAACUCAGAGGAAUAUGUCUACAUGAUGACCAUCAUGCAGGAAAGACUGAGAGCACAGAGCACAGGAGGUUUUCUACUGUUGUGCUGAGAGAAGCCCAGAGUGGAGGCCGGAUCCUAUUGUGGGGCUAAUUAAUUCCCCACCAUCACUGACACCCUGCCUUGCCUCUUCUGGUUGACCAAAAAAGACAAAAACUGUCCUGAGCAGCACGGCAUCUUCACCUGCUUCCUCAGCCUCCUCAUGUUCCUCCAGGCGGAGAGGAGGGCAGGGCAAGCACACACAGCCCAUCGGCCGCUGUCGCACACUUCUUGACGGGGAUGGCGCUCCAGAGGAGGCUGGUGCUCGGCAUAGUGACCGCCGGCUCCCUGCUGUGUGUCUACAUCCUGUGUGUGAACCUGGAGAGGCCUCUGUCCUGGUCCAUAGUUCCUCUGAAGAGUGUCCAUGGCUUCACAUGGGGAACGAGCAGUGGCUCACGAGACUCGGAGGAACCUCUUGAUAGAAAGAGCAACAGUGAUAAGUGGACCCAUCCGCCCCCCGCCUCCACCUUUCACCCAGAGCUCUCCUCUGGAACAGUUCUGCCCGAGCAUACACUGACUCCAACUUUAAAGACUCAAACAUCCGCAGCCGCCAAACACAAAUCAGCAGAGAACAACAGUGUCCUGGAUGUCUCCAAGUCCAGGUCUAGGCCUGAUGGCGUAGAUAAAACAAAGACCAGCACCAAAAACCCCACAGUGCAGCGCCAGCAGCCCACACAGGCAGCCGGACCAACAGAGCCUCCCUUCAUCGGAGACACUUACAUGAGUGAAGUCAUCCCACCACAAACAGCCUGCCCAGAUGGUAUCCAAAGUCGGGUCACAAAAAACGAAUUUGGUGGACGAUUUCUGAAACACAUUCCAGUCCUGCAGUGGGCCGAACACGUCACUCGUGAACAGCACCAGCGCCUGAGCCGGUACCCAGGAGCACAUGGCUGGGGGGGGAUCGAUUACAAGACAUUGGAGGAAACUCUGUCUGUCCUCAACUCUUCUGCUAACUUCCAAAUGUUGGACGACUGGAAGCAUCGCAGCAAUAAAUCAGAGUGUAUCCGCUGUGCUGUGGUGGGGAAUGGUGGGAUACUGAAGGAUUCAAAGAAAGGGAAGGAGAUCGACAGUCAUCACUAUGUCUUCAGGACCAAUGGGGCAAUCAUUAAGGGCUUUGAGCAGGACGUGGGGUCUCGGACCACCCACUACACCUUCUCCACCAACACACUGAUGAACUCCAUGAGGAGCUAUGCAGGCUUUGGAUAUAGAGGACCCCCUCAGUCUAAAGAAACUCGAUACAUUUUUCUGCCAGAUCAUGACCGAGAUUACCUGCUGAUGAAGGCUGCGGCGACACACACUCUAGUAGAGAGAGGACCUGAGCGGGCCAAAGAUCCAUUAAAGUACUUUGGAGAGGACGUGUCGGCAGAAAAGCUGAAGAUGUACCACCCUGAUUUCAUACGUUACCUCAGAAACAGAUUCCUUCGUUCUAAUGCUCUGAAAACCAAAUACAAGGACAUCUACCGUCCAUCAACGGGAGCUGUGAUGCUGUUGGCUGCACUACACACCUGCGACCAGGUGAGUGCGUACGGCUUCAUGACCCCAGACUUUAAGGACUACUCUGACCACUACUACGACAACAGUUACCGCCCAGUGGGCUUCUUCAUCAACCACGACCUGCGUAUGGAAAUGAUUCUGUGGCAGCAGCUACACCAGGCGGGCCUCAUACGACUCUACAUGCGCAAGUGAAUUCAGGUCGACCAGAAAUCACGUCAACCGAUCGGCACACGAGCAAACAGCAUUGUGAUGCUAGACAGGGAGUCAAAAGAUGGACGUCCCUGCCGGCUCUCAAAAUGACUUAUUCAAGACUGUAGCAGAAGUUUUCUUUGCACGAAGGAAACGAGGAUCCUGACGUGACGGCCGCUGUGAUUGUUCAGCAUGGAGACACGUUUUAUUUUAGUAUUUGUUGUAAUUCUAUUAUUUGAAACAUUUUGUUUCCCAGAAAGUGUUCUUUCAUCAAAUGGGUCCAGACAUCAGGGUUCAAACCAGCCUAAACUUGGUUAAAAGGAUUUUAGGGAAUGUUGGUCGUCCACUUUCAUUCAGACUGAAAUAUUUUGACGACUAUUAGAUGGGUCGUCAUCAAAUCUUAAUGACUUCUGUGAUCUCCUGGUUUUUCAUCUCUCCUCGUCAUCAGGUCAACAUUCCAAUAUGUCCAGUACUUAACGACCACAUAGCGGUGAAGACGGUAAACAUUUCACCUGCUAAACACCAGCAUGUGAGCAUGUUGUCAUGCUAACGUUAGCUGCUGUGUCAUGUCGUUCAGAGCGUGUUUAUGGGCAAUCAAAAAAAAUAAAAAUAAAACGUUCAGAGAUAUCAGGAAUCCCCGUCAACACCCACCAUCAUCAGUAGUUGCAUCAAAAUAAAAAUGAAUACUUGUAUAAUUUAUUUGGCUAAUUUAAAAUGAGCUAAACAUAUAAAGUUUGUCUGAUUGCACUCACUGCUGACUAAUAGCAAAAGCAGCGUCGGUGGGUUAUUUACGUUGUGUGACUACAAGCAGUGAGAAUAACAAUCUUUGUGCAUGAACGCUCAGGAGAGAUGUUGACAUUGUGUGAAUGUCGGUAAAGCACCAGCGUUGCCACAUGGGAAAUGUUCAAUUAUAAGAGGGUACAGAUUGUUUUAUUUCUUUUAUUUAUCACCUGAUUAAUUUUUAUUACUGUCGAGAAUCAAAUACAAGUUAUGGACUUGAACUUUAAUCCAUAUUAAAAUCAAAUGUUCUUAUGAGUGUUACAGCAUCACAGAGAAAUGUUGAAACACAAGUUAUACCCUACACCCAAAUUUAGCAAAUCACCAAAACGAUGUUUACUCGGAUGAAUUUAGAGCGUAUCGUACAAUCAGUGUCUGGCUGAGUGAAGGUGGUUUCUGUUACUGUGUGAUGCAGUGCGUUGACAAGGGACAAGACUGCAAUUGAGUUGGCCGCUUGCUUAAAAUACUCUGUCUCCCAGCCCUAAAUAGACGGUCAGAGCACUGCUGGCAGUAGCCAAGGUCUAUUCUGACAUUUACUCAGAGUAUGUUCUCUCUGAGUGGUUUUACUGUGGAAGGUAACACUGAGUGAGUGUGGAGCUCACUGGGACACAUAUUUGAAUCUGAAAGUGUGUUUAGUUUGAGGGACUUAAUUUAUUUUUUCUUUGUUCUGCACGCAAGUCUGCUUUAUUUUUUUUAACAAGGUCCCACACUGUGAGGAUAAGAACACUGUGUGGGUUCUGCUGGACUCUCAGUGCCUUUAAAAAAAAAAACUAACUCAAAUGUGAAUCAGUAGUUUGGAUGAAGCAUUGCUGAGAUGAUUUAGGACGUUUCCACAACAACACAAACAAGGAAGUCCGUGGCAUUUUCCCUCUGUUUGGGUUUUGGGAUGGUUGCUGAGUACUCUGCUGGUGGAAUCUGCUUGUGAUUACAAUGAAGGGUCAAUGUUCUUUAAGAUUAAAUGUUGCCACCAAAGACACCAAAGACAAACCGCAAAUCAGGGAAUAUGUGUAUUUAACAUUUACUUUUGUGUAAUAUUGAAUCUAUACAUAUUCAGUCAUCUGAUUUACUGAAUCAUCAUUUUACAUUUCACAAUUUAAGUGCAACAGAGGAAUGAGAGACCUUUUUUAAAGUGCAAUUUUCUUUUUUUUGAUCAGUAUUAAAAAGAAACUGAUUUAAUCUCA